CCACCCGGCGUCCCGGGCCGGGCCUGGCGAGGCCGCCGCGCCGUCGCUGAAGCCGGCCCCGCUGGCGCGCGCAGCCAGGCGGCGCAGGUGAGGAGCCGCGGCCGCGCCAUGGUGGACCCGGUGGGCUUCGCCGAGGCGUGGAAGGCGCAGUUCCCGGACUCGGAGCCGCCGCGCAUGGAGCUGCGCUCUGUCGGCGACAUCGAGCAGGAGCUGGAGCGCUGCAAGGCCUCCAUCCGGCGCCUGGAGCAGGAGGUGAACCAGGAGCGCUUCCGCAUGAUUUACCUGCAGACUCUGCUGGCCAAGGAGAAGAAGAGCUACGACCGGCAGCGCUGGGGCUUCCGGCGCGCCGCACAGCCCCCCGACGGCGCGGCCGAGCCCCGCGCGCCGCGCGCGCAGCCCGCGCCCGCCGAGGGCGCCGACCUGCCGGCCGCCGACGAGCCCGAGGCCCGGCCCGACGGGGAGGGCUCCCCGGGCAAGGCCAGGCCCGCGGCCGCGCGCAGGCCCGGGCCCGCAGCCGCCGCCGAGCGAGACGACCGCGGGCCCCCCACCAGCGUGGCGGCGCUGCGCUCCAACUUCGAGAGGAUCCGCAAGGGCCCCGGCCAGCCGGCGGCGGCGGCGGUGGACGCCGAGAAGCCCUUCUACGUGAACGUCGAGUUCCACCACGAGCGUGGCCUGGUGAAGGUCAACGACAAAGACGUGUCAGACCGCAUCAGCUCCCUGGGCAGCCAGGCCAUGCAGAUGGAGCGCAAGAAGUCGCAGCAGCAGGGCGCCGGGCCGGGCCCCGCAGACACCCCCAGGCCCUCGUAUCGCGGGCGCGCCUCCGAGGGCAGCGGCUGCGGUGGCCUCGACGGCGACUAUGAGGACGUCGAGCUGAACCCGCGCUUCCUUAAGGACAACCUGAUCAACGCCAACGGCAGCGGCAGGCCCCCCUGGCCGCCCCUGGAGUACCAGCCCUACCAGAGCAUCUACGUCGGGGGCAUGAUGGUGGAAGGGGAAGCCAAGGGCUCGCUGCAGCGCAGCCAGAGCACCUCGGAGCAGGAGAAGCGCCUCACCUGGCCGCGGAGGUCCUAUUCCCCGCGGAGCUUCGAGGAUAGCGGGGGCGGCUACACGCCGGACUGCAGCUCCAACGAGAACCUCACGUCCAGCGAGGAGGACUUCUCCUCCGGCCAGUCCAGCCGCGUGUCCCCGAGCCCCACCACCUUCCGGCCCUUCCGGGACAAGAGCCGCUCGCCCUCGCAGAACUCCCAGCAGUCCUUCGACAGCAGCAGCCCCCCGACGCCCCAGUGCCAGAAGCGGCACCGCCAGGGGCCCGUCGUGGUGUCCGAGGCCACCAUCGUGGGCGUCCGCAAGACGGGGCAGAUCUGGCCUAGCGAUGGGGACAGCUUGUCCAGCAAGCUGCCUCAGGAUGGCGCCUUCCACGCAGACGCAGAUGCGUUGUUCGGGACCCCGCCGGGGUUCGGUUGUGCCUCGGAUCGGGCAGAGGAGCCACGCCGGCCCCAGGAGGGGCUGCCCUACAUCGACGACUCACCCGCCUCCUCGCCCCACCUUGGCAGCAAGGCCCGGGGCGGCCGGGACGCGGCGGAGCCCAGCAGAGCGAGUGAGUUGGACUUGGAAAAGGGCUCAGAGAUGAGAAAAUGGGUCCUGUCUGGCAUCCUGGCUAGCGAGGAGACUUACCUGAGCCACUUGGAGGCGCUGCUGCUGCCCAUGAAGCCUUUGAAGGCGGCCGCCACCACCUCUCAGCCGGUGCUGACGAGCCAGCAGGUCGAGACCAUCUUCUUCAAGGUGCCUGAGCUCUACGAGAUCCACAAGGACUUUUAUGACGGGCUCCUGCCCCGCGUGCAGCAGUGGGGCCACCAGCAGCGCGUGGGCGACCUCUUCCAGAAGCUGGCCAGCCAGCUGGGUGUGUACCGGGCCUUUGUGGACAACUAUGAAGUUGCCAUGGAAACAGCCGAGAAGUGCUGCCAGGCCAACGCUCAGUUUGCAGAAAUCUCUGAGAACCUGCGAGCCAGGAGCAACAGGGAGGCCAAGGACCAGACGACCAAGAACUCUCUGGAAACCCUGCUGUACAAGCCCGUGGACCGGGUGACCCGGAGCACGCUGGUCCUGCACGACUUGCUGAAACACACGCCCCCCGGUCACCCUGACCACCCGCUGCUGCAGGACGCCCUCCGCAUCUCGCAGAACUUCCUGUCCAGCAUCAACGAGGAGAUCACGCCCCGCCGGCAGUCCAUGACCGUGAAGAAGGGAGAGCACCGGCAGCUGCUCAAGGACAGCUUCAUGGUGGAGCUGGUGGAGGGGGCCCGCAAGCUGCGGCACGUCUUCCUCUUCACCGACCUGCUGCUCUGCACCAAGCUCAAGAAGCAGAGCGGGGGCAAAACCCAGCAGUACGACUGCAAGUGGUAUAUCCCGCUCACGGACCUGAGCUUCCAGACGGUGGACGAGUCGGAGGCCGCGCCCAGCAUCCCCCUGGUGCUGGACGAGGAGCUGGACGCCAUGAAGAUCAAGAUCUCCCAGAUUAAGAGUGACAUCCAGAGAGAGAAGCAGAGAGCGAACAAGGGCAGCAAGGCCAUCGAGAGGCUGAGGAAGAAGCUCUCGGAGCAGGAGUCGCUGCUGCUCCUCAUGUCCCCGAAUAUGGCCUUCCGCGUGCACAGCCGCAACGGGAAGAGUUACACGUUUCUGAUCUCCUCCGACUACGAGCGGGCCGAGUGGAGAGAGAGCGUCCGGGAGCAGCAGAAGAAGUGUUUCAAGAGCUUCUCACUGACGUCCGUGGAGCUGCAGAUGCUGACGAACUCGUGUGUCAAGCUGCAGACCGUCCACAGCAUCCCGCUGACCAUCAACAAGGAAGAUGACGAAUCUCCUGGGCUCUACGGGUUCCUGAAUGUCAUCGUCCACUCUGCCACCGGCUUUAAGCAGAGUUCAAGUCUGUACUGCACCCUGGAGGUGGAUUCCUUCGGCUACUUUGUAAAUAAAGCCAAGACGCGCGUCUACAGGGACACGGCCGAGCCCAACUGGAACGAGGAGUUUGAGAUCGAGCUGGAGGGCUCGCAGACCCUGAGGAUCCUGUGCUAUGAGAAGUGUUACCACAAGACGAGGCUCACCAAAGAGGACGGCGGGGAGAACGCAGACCGGAUCGUGGGCAAGGGCCAGGCGCAG